CCCAAAUGAAAAUGUCAGUUCAGAGUUCAGUGUAAGAAGAGAAGAGAGUCCAGAGUAAAAACGAAAGGAAAAGAAGAAACCAACAAGUUCCUGUUUUCAUUUUUGUGUUUACAUAUUCCAAGAACUUGCUUGUUCCUAAUAUUCAAACGUAUUCAUUUAAAAUAAUAUCUGAGUGCUGUUAAUCAAUUUUAACAAUGGUAAAUUCUAUCCCAAUUAUCAAAAUAUAUUGAACAAUGAAUGAAUGAAUAUAAUAUAGUAAUAUGGUAUAGGCCUCUAAUUUAUAAUAAUAAUAUUAAUAUGGAUGGAAUAAUUAAUAAUUUGGCAUAUUAUUAAAUUUAAAUUUAUUAAUUAUAAUUAUAUCAAUAUUAUUAUUAUAUUACAAUAUGGCAUUGGGACUGAGAAUUAGCCUCACUUACACAUUUACAGUACUUACACUAAACGGUUCCGUAAAACUUAGUUAGGCCUUCUUGCCUUUUAAUUUAGAAGUUCUAAACUCAGAAAACUAUAUUACAUUUAUUACUAAAAUUACUAUCUAUUACUAUGUGACUAUGUGAAUAUAAAUAUAUUCGAUUAUAUUAAUUAUUAUUAUGACAUAGAUAGAAUAGAAUGUUAUAUAGGUAGUAGUACUAAGUACAAACUUCUAAUUUUCUUUAAAAGUUAAAUAAUUUUUCAAAGUGACACCUAAAUGUCCUAAACUUAGACUUAGCUUAGUGCAACUAUAAUAACUUAAAAUAACUUUAACUAUGACUGUCUAAGUAUAUUAUUUCCAUUACUAUUAGAAUAAAUUAAAGUUAGCAUGCUAUAACUAGGUCGGGCCCUAUCUUAAAUCAGUCAAAUCCCACACAUCAAAUUUAAUUUUAAGUUAUUGAUGAUGACAUACUAUUGUCAUACCACUAAUACUCACUAAUUCAAUCAUAUUGGAUGACCAUGUAAUUUUCAAAGUUCAUUAUCAUUGUUAUAAACAUCAUAUUCGGAUAUCAUACACCAACACAUCAUGCUGUAACUGUAAGAUAUUUUUAGUGAUGAUUUACUAUCAUACAAAUCAAACGAUACAUAUCACUGUAUAUCGCACAACUUAUGUAAAUUAUCAUCAACAACUCGAUGCAGUAGCCAUUUGGGGCAUUUACCUCACUAUCAUUGACACACUAUUUGAGAUGAAAGGUAAUUGAAGACAUAAUACUCAAAAUGGUAUAAAUAAAGCAAAGUGCGUUUGCGCUUUUAUUAAUGCUAAUGCUGGAUGGCUGCGUGGUUUUGAACCACACAGCCAUGAACACCCAGAGAAGCAAAGACAACACCAGCACAUGAAUUGGACUUGUCAACCUAGAUGGUGGCUCAUUUAUGGAGGAAACUCUAUUUGAAAACCUUCACUGCCUUCUACGGUUAAAAGCAUAGAAACCAAGCCAAAGGAACAUUCAAAGAGGGAGAUCUGUACACAUUGACUUAAUAAAAAUUCAUGUGAUGCUCUGAGUGCCAAUGCCAAGCUGUAUCAUUCACUUUAUUUUCUCUGGCUCACCAGGUGCUUGAAGAGGGGUACAGCUGACUGGGACCAGCUUAUUUUCCCAUAAGAAAAUUCCAGGUCUUGUGAUUAUGUUGAGUGAAAACCACACCUUAAAAAAUUUAGUUGCCAAAAACAAAAUGCUGGCAAUGAUUACUAAACAUUUUUUUAAAUAAUAUUGAAAUGAAAAAAAAAUUAAAUCUCAUAGCCCUUGAUUAUACUUAAAUUUUGUAACAUAUUAUUUUCAGAAAACUGGGCUACAAAUAUGUGCGCAGCUAGAAAACCUACAAGAGAUUCAACCAGAGGGUGAAGACUUUCGAUGGUAUCUAAAGGUUGACAUUAUUUAUUACUGUAAUAAACUGUAACAGACAUGGGUACUUUGGGCAUACAAAAAUAAUAAUUUUUUAUAGGCAUGCUUUUCUAUUCCAUUUCUUUUUAAAUUUAAUAUGUAGACUCAUUUAAAAUCUGCCUGGAAAGAAUCUCUUUGGCUCUUGAGAUUGAUUACUUUAAUUGCAGCUCCCAUCUUGCUGGCCAAUCAUGCUUUAUAAUAUUUUUGAUCUAGACCUUAACCUAGGAAAUUUAAUAAUUAUUUUUAAUUUUUUUUUAUUUCAGCUUAACAGGCAAAAUGUGUAUGAGUUUUAAAAAUAAUUCAUUAUUACAAAUAUUGCAGUUGACCUGCUGCAACUGUGGAGAAGAAACACAAGACUAUGUCUAUUGUUCACUUGGUGUAAGAUUGUUAAAUUCUCAUUUAACAUUAAAAACAUUAUGUUUGAAUACUGGCAAGAGCUUUCCCUAUAACUAUAAGCCAAUAAAAGUUUGAAUUUUUUUAUUUUCAAUGACUAGCAUGGACAUUAGAUUAGUAGUAUAAAGAACAUAAGAUCAGUAGUAUAAAGGACAUUAAACCAGUAUUACCAUGGUCUUAAGACCAGGACUUGCAUGGACAUUAGAGAAGUAUUUGCAUCGAUAUUAGACAAUAAUCCUAAACUUAUCAUAGAUUUUAACGGACACCAACUUUAUUCUGGUUAUUUUUCAAUUAACUGUUUAAAUUUUAGACUUUAAAGAUCUUUGCUGUAAGAAAUCAGACCCUAUUUUUUAAUUAUUUCUUUUUAAUUAUUGUAAAUUAUUCAGGAAAAUCACCCUGCACCACAUGGAAGGAGCAGUGCGAGCCUGGUACUCAAAUGUAAAUUAUGUAAACGAGAAAACUCACUUGGUAAAUUAGCCAUAUUUUUUAGUUUUUAUAACAUAAAAUGAAUUAUUUAUCAGUUCUACCUUACUAAUUUUGAAAAUAAGUGAAAUUAUAAUUUAAUCCUACAAUAUAUAAAGGUAGUAUUUUAUAUGUGGUCUUUUAAAUGCAAAGUGUUUUUUCUCAUAAAGUUUAGUAUAUAAAAUGAAUUAGGUUUUGAUCAACCCCUUAUCUAGAAUUAGUUUUAUAACUUAUAUGAAUAGUAAAUUAUGAAAGGUCUGUAAUUAUAUUUUUAAUUGAUAUUAGUGAUAUUAAGGGCUUAUAACUUUAUCUUACAAAUAUAACUUUUUUGUUUCUAGUAUUUAAAAAAUAUCUCUUUUGAUGGGCUAAGUGACGAAAGGAGUGUUGAGUAGAAAGGAUUUAGGUUUCAACCACUCAAAAUAUUGAACAUGUCUUUUUACUAAACUUUUCUUUAAUCACUGCUAGACAUCAAUGAAAGUUCCAACGUUAUUCCCUCACACAAUACUAAUAAUACUUAUAACUAAAACUAAUCACGAUCAUUAACUGUACCUCAAACUUUGAAAGUGAUCAAAGAAAAUGUUAACUUUGAAAUACAAGGUAGGGGAAAACCCGAAAUGAAGACACAAAAAACAAUGAACGUGUCUGCUUCUUUCAGCAAAUAAAAACAGUAAAAAUAAAGAAUGUUUAUUUCAUUCUAAAUUAAUUUAAAUUUACAUGAUUGCUCACAUUUCUUUAAUAUUUAUUCACAGAUAUUUUAGCAGAUUCUGUUGCUUCUUACACACUCGAGGAUGCUGGACGAUUUAAGACUAUAGUUAUUUUUGACUGUAGAGGUGUUACUCCUGUUGACUUUUCACCCAGGGUAAACUAAGAUUUCAGUAAUAUCAUUUGUGAAGGAUUCUGUUCUAAUUUAUGUCUUCUAAGUGUUUAGUGACGUUUUAAAGAAAAAUGUUUCAAAGGAAUUUUUCUAUGACAAGAUUGUAAUUUUUUAUAUUUUUUUUAUAAAUUGUAAUAAAACAAUUGGUGAUAUUUAUGCUUCUUGUCAGGUUGGUUGGGAAGCUAAAGGCCUGGAGUCUGGAACAAUUUUUUCUGAAGUUGACCUUAAAGAAAGGGUAUGUAAUUCUUCUUGAAAAUUCACAAAUCUGUUUGACUUUUUUCAAACAAAAUUUAGAAACAUUAUGUAUUUAAAUCAUCGGAAAGAUAACUCUGAAAAGUGCAAUUCUUGUUUUACUCAAGUUUUUAAUAAAAUCAUUGAAUAGCACUAUAAAAGUCAAGGGUGGAACAAUGACUUGUACAAUCAAUACUUUCAUUUAAUUAUAUAAUUAUAAAAUGGUUAUUAUCAUUUACAGUAAUUGCAUUAAUUUAAAACACCAUUUAAUUAUGUUAGUUAUGUCAUAUAGAUAGAUUCCUUUAUUUGGCAAUAUCAAAUAAAAAUGUAUAUCCUACAGUAGGGCAGCUACCAAAGCGUCUAGUAAAGAUAGUCGUCACGGUCCUAAUCUUAGUUGUUACACUUCAAGAUUCACCAUUUUAUCAAACCAAAUUUGCCAUGAAAUAAUUUCAAUAAAGGGCUCUUUAACAGGUAAAUGAAUUUAAUUUAAUUGUACUCUCUGAAGCUAAAUUUAUCCAUUGUCUCAAUAUACUACCAUAACAUUUUGAGGAGAAAUAAAUUGAAUACUGCAUUUAAUAUUUCAGGAAUGGUUUGACUAUGAUGAAAAAGCUGGCCAAUCUGUUAGCAUCACAGAAUUAAAGCAUCAGUUCAUUUCUGUCAAGUAAAUCAAUACUUAGAUAUAUCUUGCUAUAAAUUCAAGAAAAAUUGUUAGAAAUUCAUGCAAUGUUAAAUUAUUUUUUUUUCUUGUAUUUAAAUACAAUUUUUUUUAAAAACUAAAAUAAAAACUAUUGACCACAUUUUUUGGUGUAUCGUUUCAUUUCUCUAAUGAAAUAAAACAACGUAGCAUUCAAUUUUAAUUCCUCAGCAAUAUCACAGGUACAAUAAGUCAUUUCUUUUCUGACUACUUCCAUAACUUUCCACUACAAAGUAUUUUCAAAUGUAAAUUUCAUUAUUAUACAGUUAAACUUUAGAAUUGUAAUGAAAAUAGCACAGAUCAAAUGUUAAUCUGAAGAUGGGAAAACUGAUCAAACGUUACUUCACUAGCCACAAAAGGCCUAAUUUAAAUGCCAUUAUUAUUAAUUAGGCAUUAUCUAUCUAACUUGAAAAUCUAGUUGACUGAAAAAAUUGAACUUCAUAAGUGCAAAAUUAAGACUAUAGUUACAAGAUACAAUUUUCUAUACACUCAUAUAAAUACUUAACAAUAAUAAAUUAAUUACAUACUUACACUAAUGAAAUAAAUAAGUAAAUAUUUUAUUCUGCUCAAAUGUUGAAAUCUUUUCUUGCUGGAGUUGGUCAUGAGUCAUGCUGGUACUGGCGAGCUGAGUAAAGAUUCACUUGGAUACUAAACCUGCAACAAUUUUCACCUGAAUUGCUUAAGUUCAACAUUCUCCUACCCAAUCAGUGAGCACUUAUUUAUUACACAGUACACCAGUUAAUAAACAGAACACCAUUGGCUAAUCAUUCAAAUUUCGUGUAAAAUUCAUCAGUGCAGCUUUUCAACACACUAAAUGCUGAGGAGUGCUUCACCAAUAUCAAUAAGUGGCUUUCCAGAUUUACCAAUCAAACAGUGUUGGUUGAGAAGUUUGCAAAACAUAAUAGACAGUGUGCAUAAGAGAUUUUAACAUUCACUUUUUGUCUGCAUUGUCAAGAUAUACUUUUUUUUUUAAACCGCCAGCCCAUCAUGGCAGCU